CCGGAACAGUUGGCCUCAGGGCCCCGCCGCCCGCGCGACCGCCCGCCGGCGCACGCGGAGGAGGCGGCGGCCACAGAAGGAGGAGGGGAGCUCGGAGCAGGAGGUGAGGCGGAGGUGGAGGAGCAAGAGUAGGCGGAGGAGGAGGCGGCGGUGGAGGAGACGAGCGGCCAGGAGGAGGAGGAUGGAGGAGCAGCCGAAGGAGGGCGAGGCCGAGGUCGCGGAGCACUGGUUCUCCAAGUGGGAACGCCAGUGCUUGGCCGAGGCCGAGCAGGAAGAGCAGCUGCCCCCUGAGCUGCAGGAGGAGGCGACCGCUGAGGCAGCGGGGCUCAAGAGCGAGCAGCAGAAGCUGUGGCACCUCUUCCAGAUCUCUGCCACCGCCGUGGCCCAGCUCUACAAGGAUUCCGGGUGCCCACAGCCAGAACUGUCCAUGUGGGACCCCUUCCAGAAUGCGGCCAUGGCCGUGACCAGUCUCUACAAAGAGAGCGGGGAUGCCCACCAACGAAGUUUUGACCUGGGCGUCCAGGUUGGCUACCAGCGUCGCAUCAAAGACGUCCUGGAGUGGGUGAAGAAGGGCCGAAGCACCAUUCUCCGCGAAGACCUGAUUAGCUUCCUGUGUGGCAAAGUGCCCCCCGCACCUCCAUCAUCGCGCACCCCCAGGACGCCGCCAAAGCCGCCCGCCGCGGCCACCGGCCAGGCCACAGCUACUGAAUCCAGUUCGUCUGUAGACGUCGACCUGCAGCCCUUCCACGAGGCCAUCGCCCUGCAUGGCCUCAGUGGUGCCAUGGCGAGCAUCAGCGUGAGAUCUGGUGCACCCGGCUCCCCGCCUCAAGCCAGCAAUGGCGUCGCCAACAAUGGCGUCACCACCAAUGGCGUCGCCACCAAUGGCACCGGCGGCGGGCGCCGAAAAAGUAGCUUCCUCGAGGACGACUUGAACCCCUUCAACUCAGAAGAACUGGCCCUCCGCCUGGACAGUGGGGGGACCCGCAAGCGCACCUCGGCCCAGUGCGGGGAUAGUGUCACAGACUCCCCAACCCACAAGCGCAACCGAAUGGUCUGAACCGUGCCGUUGGCCGCCAGCCGCCAUGUUAUUUGAGAGCUAACUCGACCUUCUACAUGCUUGUCGAAAGGAUGCUCGAGACCAUCGUUUUCUUCUCAAAGUUAAACAAAGAUUUCCGUCAAGUUUGCCAUAAAGAAACUUUUAAAGUAUUCUAGAAGAGGCCUCGUAUGACUCUGACUUUCCCAAAAAUAUAAUUCUAGCAGAGAACAAGUAUUAUGUAGUAGUUAGCAAGAUCAGAAAAAACAGAAGUAUCUGGUCAAAGCGGGAGCCUGGUUUAUCUUGUUCACAGUUAUAUUC